CGAGCGCAGCAUGACGGAGCUGCACCAGGCCGUGGCCGCGGGGCGCUACGGGCGGGCGGAGCGGCUGCUGCGGGCGGAGCGCUGCGAUCCCAACCAUAAGGACGCGGACUGGGCCGACUGGACCCCGCUGCACUGGGCCGCUGCCAGGGGGCACGUGGCGAUGCUGCGCCUGCUGCUGGGCCACGGGGCCCGGCCGUGCCUGCGCAACGCUGCCGGAUGGACCGCAGCCCAUUGCGCGGCCGAGGCGGGGCGGCUGGCAGCGCUGCGCACCCUGCACGCCGUGCACGCCCCUAUGGACGCGGCCGACCCGUUUGGGGACACCCCCAGGAGGCUGGCACAGAUCUACGGGCACACCGAGUGCGUCAGAUUCCUGGAGAUAGCAGAGGUGGAGAGCAGAAACUACCGUCAGACAGCCGUGAUGAGGGGGAUGCCUUUGGACCACGUGGAUGAAGACUGGGAACGCAAGAAAGAGGAGCUGGAGAGAAACCCACCAUGUGCCCAGCGCAGCUAUGCAACCUCUGCUCAGAAGAAGAUGCAGAGGAAGAGAAGGAAGCAGUAGUGUCACUGUGUGUUUGGGCUGCUGAGAACUCACAGUGCGGAGCAGAGGCACUGGAGCAUCCCAGGGGGAAACCCAGGUGGGCAGCAGCAGAGCUGGCCAUCAGGAUGAGCCUCUGUGAUGUGCUGCACGUGCUGUUGUGCUCAUGGGGUGGGUAGGAGUGCUUCUGCCUGCACUGUAUGCAUCAGGUCUCAAAUAUCAGAGUCACAGAAUGGCCAGGGUUGGAAGGGACCUCAAGGAUCACGAAGCUCCAACCCCCCACCACAGGCAGGGCC